GGGUUAAGUGAUACAAUGUCAUAGUUGAUGGGUAUUUGAGAUAUUAACCCAUCUUCUCCAAAGAUAAUACAUGGCGUCCUCUCUCUCUCUCUGUUUCUCUCUCCUUUACAUGGCGUCCUCUCUCUGCUCAACCUUUUCACCCCACCCUUCAACCGCCCAGGCAACCAACACCCGUAAAACCAGAACUUCCCUUAUCAUCCGAUGCGGCCCACGAAAUAACCGUGGCCCUCUAGUCAAAGGCCGAGUGCUUAGCACAGAAGCAAUCCAGGCCGUCCAAUCCUUGAAACGGGCCCACAGAGGGGACCAAUCGAAGCUCAACGACGUUUUAUCGGAAACCCUUCCGCGUCUGAUUAAGGCCGACCUCAUCGCCGCCUUCAACGAGCUUCGACGGCAGGAUCACGCUGAUUUAGCGCUUAAGGUGUUCUCAGUCGUCCGAUCAGAAAACUGGUACCAAACCAACUUGGGUAUUUAUGCCGACCUGGUUUUGGCACUGGGGAAGAAGGGAAUGAUGGAGGAUAUUGACCGUUUGAUUCUUGAUCUAGAGCGAGAGGGUACGAUCCCUUGCGACGACAAGGGACUUGGCAGACUCGUCAAGGCAUUGAUUACAACCGAAAGAACAGAAUCGACAGUUAGAAUUUACAAUUUGAUGAAGAGGAGCGGUUGGGGGUCCACUUUUCCAUCUUAUUAUUAUGUGGCUAAUGUUUUGAGCAAGGGUUUGAGGAGAUUAGGCGAAGAGACGAUUGCUGAGGAGAUUGAUGCAGAGUUUGGGUGGAGUUGUGGACGAUUAGGAGAAUAUGAGGUUUUGAAGGAUCUAAAAUGCAAAACAAAUGGUAGUAGUAUAUGAUUCCAAUUCUUUGUUUGGGUUGUAUUGUGGAGUAGUAAUUAUAUACUUUUGUGGUUUGAGAUGGACACCAGAAAUUUAGUAGUCAAGCAUCACAUUUGUAUCGCA